AUGUUUAGGUUACUAGCUUCAAGGUUUCUACUCUUUGCUCUCAUUUUGAUCCACUUGCUCACUACUCAAAUCCUUGCUCAAAGAUCUAAAACUCCAUGGCAGACACUCAAUGGAGAGGCUCCUCUUAUCAUCGCUCGUGGUGGGUUUUCUGGGUUACUGCCAGAUUCAAGUGUGGACUCUUACAGUUUUGUAGCGCAGACAAGUGUUCCCGAUGCUGUUCUGUGGUGUGAUGUUCAACUAACGAAGGAUGGAACUGGGAUUUGCUUCCCUGAUGUGACAAUGAAAUAUGCUUCUAAUAUGGAACGAGCUUACCCUAAUCGGAAAAACUCUUACCUCCUUAAUGGAGUCCCUACUGAGAAUUGGUUCACCAUUGAUUUCACCUUCAGGGAUCUCAAUAGCGUUUUCUUGACACAAGGAACAUUUUCACGGUCAGAUAAAUUCGAUAACAACCAAUACGCCAUUUCAACAGUUGAGAGUAUAGCUACGAAGAUGAAACCGGAGGGGUUUUGGUUAAAUGUUCAGCAUGACACAUUCUAUACGCAACACAAUCUCAGCAUGAGUAAAUUUCUACUAUUAGUUUCCAAAACUGUGAUGAUAGACUAUCUCUCUUCCCCUGAAGUGAAUUUCUUCCGGAACAUCAGUGGCCGUUUCGGCAAAAAGGGGCCAAAGUUUGUGUUCCGGUUUCUCGAGAAAGAUGUUGUCGAGGUGUCAACAAAUCAAACCUACGGAUCUCUCUUGAGAAACCUAACUUUCAUCAAGACGUUUGCUUCAGGAGUUCUUGUUCCCAAGUCAUACAUAUGGCCGGUCGAUAAAAGCCAAUAUUUGCUUCCUCACACAUCUUUUGUUCAAGACGCUCACAAAGCAGGCUUAGAAGUUUAUGCAUCAGGUUUUGCAAACGAUUUUGAUCUUGCAUACAACUACAGUUUUGAUCCUUUGGCCGAGUACUUAUCUUUCAUUGACAAUGGCGAUUUCUCUGUGGAUGGUGUGCUUUCUGAUUUUCCACUUACUGCAUCUUCUGCUGUUGACUGUUUCUCCCAUCUUGGAAGUAAUGCUACAACACAAGUGGAUCUUCUUGUCAUAUCGAAAAAUGGAGCAAGUGGAGACUACCCUGGCUGCACUGACUUGGCCUAUUCAAAGGCGAUCAAAGACGGUGCUGAUGUUAUCGAUUGUUCUCUUCAAAUGUCAUCAGACGGGGUUCCAUUUUGCUCAAGCUCAAUUGAUCUUGGAGAGAGCAUGAAUGUUGUACAAAGUCCUUUCAGAAACCGUUCAUCAUCUGUCUCUGAGAUCAUCCCAAGUUCUGGAUUAUACAGCUUUAGUCUUGCAUGGUCUGAGAUUCAGAGCUUGACACCUGCUAUUACGAAUCCCUACACCAAGGACUUCACCUUGUUCAGGAACCCGAGGGAGAGAAGUUCCGGGAAGCUUCUUUCGCUUUCUGAUUUCCUAAACCUAGCUAAAAACUCCUCCUCUCUCACCGGUGUUUUGAUCAUCGUGGAGGUAACUAACUUCUACUAUGACUAUAACAAUCACUUUGAGCAUUAA